UUUCUCAAAGAAUGGGCAUCAUAAAUUGGCAAGAAUUUAUGUUUAUUUUUUCGAUUUUUGAUUUUAUUUUUAAGAUUGGCCUAAACUUUGCUUGUCAUGUGCCGUAUUUCAUCCCACUACUACAACGAUUUGAAUUUGAAAAGCUGAUUUCUAUCAGCUUCUGGCUGAAGUUCUUCAAGCUCGCAUUUUUCGAAGAACGAAGAUGGUGA